UCAGAGGGUCAGUGCAAUUUACCCUUUUCCUUUUAUUUUCCAGCUGCGUUUCCAGCUCCCGCUAGUAUAUUUUUCUACGACCUUCACAGCUUCGAAUUGAGAAAAAGAGGUCGAACCUAUUCGAUCUCUGCAAAGUUGCCAUUCGGAACAAUUCGCUGUGUCUCUCCUCUUGUCGAACCGGAAGCUACUAGCUGGUCUCCUUUGUAUUUGCUAGGUUUUGCAUCUGUGCCCUAGAAACAAUGCUUCCGCUGUCUCUGCUCAAGACCGCCCAAGGGCAUCCUAUGUUGGUGGAACUGAAAAAUGGGGAGACCUACAAUGGACAUUUGGUUAAUUGCGAUACUUGGAUGAACAUCCAUCUCCGAGAAGUCAUCUGUACCUCUAAGGAUGGAGAUAGGUUUUGGCGAAUGCCUGAAUGCUACAUCCGGGGGAAUACAAUCAAAUAUCUUCGAGUUCCAGAUGAGGUCAUUGAUAAGGUUCAGGAAGAGACCAAGAGUCGUUCUGAUAGGAGGCCUCCUGGAGUAGGGCGUGGGAGAGGAAGAGGUAGAGAGGAUGGCACUAGUGGGAGGCCAACAAAGGGCAUUGGCCGGGGCCUAGAUGAUGGAGGUGCUAAAGGGAUGGGUGGAGGUCGAGGUCGGGGUGGCAUUGGUGGGAGAGCUGGUGGAAACAGAGGUGGAGGAGGGCGUGGCAGAUGAAACAAAGCUGAGACGCCAAACAACUCAAGGGGCUACUUUGCGAAUUUUUAAAGCAUUGGCUCCAUCAUGCCUCAAGCGGCGUUAUGAAAAAUUUUCAUUUUGGAUAUUUUGUUAUUCGUAAGCUUUUGUACUUGGUAAGAUAUAAAUGACACAAUAGUCCAGGAAUGGUUCAGGAGAUCGUUUUCAAGUGAGGGAUAGAGUACCACAUUAAAGGGCCAAUCUUUCUAUAUGUUUUUAAUUUGUCUCUGGUGAUUACAGUUGUCGGGCUUAUGCGUUACUCACCCGUCCGCCACGGAAAACCACUUCCCGUCCAAUUUGCAUGUGUUAAGCAGGUUAGAGUCUCUCUCAACAUGUGAGGAAGCUCAAGUUGGAUAUUUGACAUUCCUCAAAAUAUUCGGGGAUAUAUGUUUGAUGUUUUUUUCUUUCAAACAGUUCAAUAUUCUUUUAGCA